AAAGGAAACCUCAAAGAGAUGGUGAAAAAAAAAACUCAAAAGAGAAACAAAGUUAGAGAGAACUAAAGAAAGAAAGAAAAAAAGAAAGAAAGAGAGGAAAAGGGAGAAGAUGAAGGUGCAUAGUCUGUCCUUGAUGGCUAUUUUCUUCUCUCUUGCAUAUAUGCAGCUGGUCAAGGGGAAACCUCGCCACGAUUGCCAAUCUAGAUGUGGCAACGUCACAAUUGAUUACCCUUUUGGUAUAUCUACAGGUUGUUACUACCCCGGAGAUGAUAGUUUCAAUAUCACCUGUGAGGAAGGUAAACCAAAUGUCUUACGUAACAUUGAAGUGAUAAACUUUAAUCACAGCGGCCAGCUGCGCGGUCUACUUCCUCGAUCCACUGUUUGCUACGACGAGCUAACAAAUAAUGAAUUCGAGUCCCUCUGGUUUCGGUUGGAUAAUUUAUCUUUCUCCCCCAACAACAAGUUUACUUUAGUAGGUUGCAACGCUUGGGCACUUCUAAGCACUUUUGGACUACAAAACUACUCAACUGGAUGCAUGUCAUUAUGUGAUUCUCCUCCGCCGCCAAAUAGUAAAUGUAAUGGUGUUGGUUGCUGCAGAACAGAGGUCUCUAUCCCGUUGGAUAGCCAUAGAAUUGAAACUCAACCAACUCGCUUCGAAAACAUGACUUCCGUGAAGCACUUUAAUCCUUGCAGUUACGCUUUUUUCGUUGAAGAUGGUAUGUUUAACUUCAGUUCUUUAGAAGAUCUUAAGAAUCUGCGAAAUGUCACGAGGUUCCCUGUGUUACUAGAUUGGUCUAUUGGAAACCAGACAUGUGAGCAAGUUGUAGGCAGAAACAUAUGUGGUGGGAACAGCACAUGUUUUGAUUCUAGUCGUGGAAAGGGUUAUAACUGCAAAUGUUUAGAUGGUUUUGAUGGGAAUCCAUACCUUUCAGACGGUUGCCAAGACAUCAAUGAGUGUACUACCCGUAGACAUAACUGUUCGGAUACCAGCACAUGUGAAAACACGCUUGGAAGCUUCCAUUGUGAGUGCCCAUCUGGUUAUGAGUUAAAUACCACUACUAUGAGCUGCACUGACACACCUAAAGAAGAGCCUAAGUACUUAGGAUGGACUACUGUUCUUCUUGGUAAGCUCUCUUCACUCGUUUUCGAUUCAUUUGUUUUCUAGAAAGACUCGGGCCUUAUGAUCUUUG